GUAGAUAUGAUACACACAGAUCGGGCUGUCGUUGUAUUGUUAACAGCUGCUGCGCCCUAUAUUAUGCACAGACGAGCACGCAAACACCGCCGCCAUUUUGAAAAUUACGUCUUCGCCUAAAAUCAUUCAAUUUCUAGCCAUAAGUUUGCGGUAUUUAACCACUUUUGCUUCGCCAAUGUUGGCACUCACGUGAUGUACGAAGGCAAGCAUAUUCACUUCUCAGAAGUUGACAACAAGCCACUAUGUUCGUACAGUGCCAAGUUGUGCAAGCAGCGGCGCCUCAACGGCUAUGCUUUCUGCAUUCGCCACGUAUUGGAAGAUGUAUCGGCCCCCUUCAAGCAGUGUGAGUUUGUAGCAAAGUACAAUAGACUGCGCUGCACCAAUCCCAUUCCUGGGGAAGAGAAUAGAAAGUUUUGUAACAGCCACAUGCAGGUCUUGGGGCUGGCACCAAAGAGAGGAAAGAAAAGGAAAGGGGACCAAUCUCCAGACAGUCGGAAUGACAGCAGAAAUGACUCAUCGAAUGCAGGCAGCAAGGGAGGGAGCCAGGAGAGAGAAAAACAUAAAAAGAAAUCAAAGGACAAAAAGAAAAAGAAGAAGAAAAAGAAGAAAAAGGAGAAGCAUAAGAAAAAGGGAAACCGAUCAAUUUUAGACGAUGUGAUGUUUAACUCCAAAGGAAAUUUUGAAUUGAACGACUUAAAUUUACUGUGCAGAAGUAGGCCACCAGAUUACCCCAAUGCAGUGGUCGGUGCUGACAAUCUUACACUUCACUCCAAUUCAGUGGAAAGGGCAAUCAAGACGAAAUCAAAGAGGAGGAAAGAUGGCAGCACGCUACAUGAGAGGCUCCAAGAAAAGUUGGAGAGGAACAAGCAAAGACUGCGCCAACAGCGGGAAAAAGAAAUGCUUGCCAAAUCUAUGCAGCACACUCCAUUCAGCAACGCUGCUACCCUGGAACAUACCAAUAAUCUACUUGAUAGUGGAGUAGUACAGUACAAGAAUUCUUCAUACCUCGAUUCCCAGAAAUACCUUCCCCUGAUACCCCCGUUGGUUGAGGGUAAAGGACGCGUCCCCUCCCUUCCAUGGCCUCAGAUCCCCCAGCACCUUUCCUCACCUAGGGAGGCAUUUGUGAAACUACAACGGAAGCACCCUAAAGACCUCUUCGCUCGCAAACUAGACUCACGGGCAGUUGAUCUGCUUAGACAACGUCUUCAGCAGGAUGAAGACGAGAGAACUGAUAUAUUUCCCUUAGGUUUAGAUUUUUCAGACACAGAUGAUGAAGAGAGUGAGGAGGUCACAGACAGAAGAUGUAGAAAUACAUGUAAAGAACAAUAUAGUUUAAGUCACAUAUCCAGUACUGAUGAUACCAAUAGCCCGCUAAGUCGGCAGAGCAGAUUGAAGCAGCUGAAAAGUCACCUCCAGCGAGACAGGAGGAAGCUAGAACUGGGACUCCAGUGUGAUAAGCACACCCAGAAAGACAUCAGACGUUCUAGUAAACUCCUCUUGGAUGCUGCCAGGGAGCAUCCGUUUGGAACAGCCGUAUCUGUACUCAGGGUUCAAGAAGAGAUAUUACAAAGGCCAAAGCCUCAAGCUCCCCCGGAGAGAAUUUGCUGCAGUAAAGAAGAAAAUGAAGAUCCUUGCCAAGAAGAGGCUAUGCCCUACAGUAAACACUGCUUCAGACACAUACUUGAAGACGAAGAGCAGGUAUUGUUCUACCAGUGUGGAGCUGAAUUCCCUGGAGGAUUCCGCUGUAUUGAGCCCAGCUUUGACAUGCUCAAUGAACAGCCCCUAUGCCAGGAACAUGCCAAGAGAGUGCGAAUGGAGCCCAAGUCCAAGAGACCAAGAAAGAAGACGAAGCCUUCUGCUCUCACCAGACCUUUCAAGAAGAAAAAGAAGAGCCAACGAAGGAAGAUCAGACCACAGAAACCAAUACCUCCUCUUGAACCUCUGCAAAACUACCAGCUACCCAUCAGUACCCCUGUGAUGCCCGUGGCUACCCCUCACCCUCCACCUCAUACCCCUGCAUUCAGAAGCCCCCCUCUGCUCGGUGCUCAUGACCUGCCUGUUCAUCUCAUGGACAUGUCCGCUCUGGAGGAAGUGAUGAAUGCAGAGGGCGUGGAGUCCCCUCCGGAAGAUCUCAACUCAGAUGCAGAGGAGGAAGCUCUCUCAAGCGUUCUUCAGAACCUCAAUGACAUCUUUGAAGGAAGGAAUGGUGACUUCUUGCCUACAAGGGAGGAGGCAGAAGCCCUGGAGCGUGCUUUCUUUCAAGCAUCAGAAGACGAUGCCAAGCUUUCUCUGGAUCAGCUCUUUAACGAUGGAGAAGAAAAUAGCAACUCAUUACCAGGAGAUGUGACAGAGGCUAACAUCAACCAGGAUAGCUCAGAUGGACUCCCAAGUGAUCUUCAGUCUGCAGCGAAUAGACUUAUAGCCGACACCAUGAGGCAGAAUUCAAACGAUGGGUCUAAUCAUAAUGCAAUCAAGCCACCGUCCUCAAAUCUCACCAACCCUGUGCCUUUGAGUAAUAUGCCUGCCGCUGCACCAUCUGGCCAGGCUUUCACCCUACCUAGCACCCUGUCAGGUAUGGGAGUGUAUACAAACAGUGUUGCUCAAUUCAAUGGUCCUGUCAUCCCUCAGACACAGUCUAUGCUGACACAGAACGCCCUCAGCACCGCGGCUACGACGGAAGACAACCAUCAGGAUUCCUUGCGACACACUGUCCUCAAUGGAGUCAUCAGUGGAAAUCGUGCAAUGGUGCCCUCGUUUCCCAUCUCUCAACCUAUUAUGUCUCCGCAUGGAGGUCAGCAGGUGCCUCACCCUAUGAUGUCACCUCAGAGCCCUCAAAUCAUCACAACCACCUUGCCACAAGCUAGCCCCAAUGCUUCGUCAGGAAUGAGCCCAAGCGCUUCGGCUCCCACCCCUUCUCAGGCUGCGCAUCAGGCGGCCCUUCCCAGUUUCCGGCAGACAUGGAGCACUGUUCCCAACAUUCAGAAUGCCUUGCGCCGUACCAACACGAACAGUGUACCGACUGUGAACGGCAUCAACUCAAACGGCGGACUCCCGUACGGUGUGCACACGAGUCAGGCUAUAGGUACCCAGAAAUUGCCGAGCUUUAAUUCCGUGGUAGCAGGGAUCACCCAGAAUCAUAUACCGCAGCAGCAGAGCGGAUUUGCGCCUGGCCUCCCAUCACCUCAGCCUACCAGUGGGAUCCCUACUCCACCCUACACGGCACCCAAUAUCAAGAACAUACCUCCAAUCAUCAAACAACAAGGAACGUGACGUAUCAAGAUGCUUGUGGCCCCUUAAAUCCUAACGUCAAAGAGUAUUCAUUUUUUAGUUUGAUGAUGUUUUGUAUAUUUGUUUAUGUUGAGAUUCAUAUGUACAUUUGGAAUAUUUUACGCCCUAAAUUCUUUCUCUGAAUCCAUUUUUUGAAUAGAUUUGCAAUGCUUUAAUAUUUCUUAUUUUGUGAAGAAUGGCAGGUAUAGAUGUGAUGUAUUUUGUCCAUAGUGCUAGUGGGGAGUCAGAUAUUAGAGCUGAUUAAAUGAAUCCCAAAUGAGCCCAGUGGAUCAAACAAUAACAUAAGUCUCAUUUUGAAGGAAAAAAAUCAUAUUAAAGAAAAAAGAUAGUUGGAAUAUGAAGUACAAAAAUAAAACUUCUAUUAUUCAAGUGCUGAAAUCCAGAUUAGAAUCUGUGCCGGCAAAUCUCACAAGAUUUUUUGAGCUGUCAUAUUAUACAGUGAUUUAAUAUGCUUCCAAUAAACAGCCAUGUACAAUCAUCACAGAAUAUUUUGUCCAAUCCAACGAUGUACCAGCGAUUUAUCCUUAUCCUCUCUUAACAAAACAACUUUUGAUAAUUGUGGAAUGAUCACUUGGACCUCAACCAAACAUUUGGGAUUGUCACGUAUUCUAUUUUAUUUAAAAUCUCACUGAAUA